AUGUUCACAACGCUAGAGCUAUCGAAUAGAAGUUCCUCUACCAAAGGACCAAUCCCUCCACCAAAGGACCAAUCCCUCCACCAAAGGACCAAUCCCUCCACCAAAGGACCAAUCCCUCCACCAAAGGACCAUUCCUCCACCAAAGGACCAAUCCCUCUACCAAAGGACCGAUCCCUCUACCAAAGGACCAAUCCCUCUACCAAAGGACCAAUCCCUCUACCAAAAGGACCAAUCCCUCUACCAAAAGGACCAAUCCCUCUACCAAAAGGACCAAUCACUCCACCAAAGGACCAAUCCCUCUACCAAAGGACCAAUCCCUCUACCAAAGGACCAAUCCCUCUACCAAAAGGACCAAUCCCUCUACCAAAGGACCAAUCCCUCCACCAAAGGACCAAUCCCUCCACCAAAGGACCAAUCCCUCUACCAAAAGGACCAAUCACUCCACUAAAGGACCAAUCCCUCUACCAAAGGACCAAUUCCUCUACCAAAGGACCAAUCCCUCUACCAAAAGGACCAAUCACUCUACCAAAAGGACCAAUCCCUCCACCAAAGGACCAAUCCCUCCACCAAAGGACCAAUCCCUCUACCAAAAGGACCAUUCACUCCACUAAAGGACCAAUCCCUCUACCAAAGGACCAAUUCCUCCACCAAAGGACAAUCCCUCUACCAAAGGACCAAUCCCUCUACCAAAGGACCAAUCCCUCUACGAAAGGACCAAUCCUUCCACCAAAGGACCAAUCCCUCCACCAAAGGACCAAUCCCUCCUCCUAUAGUUCCAAAUAA